CUUCAAAUAAACGUGCAACAAGACAGCGGGAACCGGUCCAAACAGAGCUAUCUACCGAUUCGACUCGCGUCACUCGCUCGGGAAGAAAACGGUCGCUGCCACAAUCUUCUGAGAAUGUUCCCAGCCAACCUGAGCAGCUGACAGCCGCUGAAGUCGACCUUAGCGUCAGGAUCCUAGUCAGGGGCUCACUAUAUACACUCUUGGGCAUCAAGAAGGCAACGCCCCGAAUAAUGAGACUGCGUAUCUUUGAAUCUCCGUCGCUGCUCGAGAUCGCCCCAGCCGCUUUUAACAUGCGGUAUCUCCAGGAAGUCGUACAACGGGCUCCAUUUUUAUACUCAAUCAGUUCGGUCUUAGCCCGUCUCAUCGACGAUGCCCAGUCAUCGUCAUUGAGGCAGAAAGUGGCAUCGCUCGUCAUGGGAACUGCAAAAGCAUCCGGCAUGCGGACCAGGGCAGCGAAUUCCACGCAAGAACCUCGCUUCACUGAUAAACACGACUGUGUUGAGGGGAUCGGGAAGACGAUGUGGCCGGUUUUACAGACUGGACCUUCAAACACGAAGCUAUAUCUAGAGAAGCUACCCGAGGAUCGAGUCUCUAUUGGUACUAACGUGGAUCCACAGCUUGAUCGAGAUUCCAAUCAUAUUCACAAUCUCCCCCAGCAAUCCGAGAUGGAGGGGCUGCCAUCAGGAGAGCAAGUCAAUAACAAGCUGGAAGCUGACGACGCCCAACUAGGCCUCUACUUAGUUGUGCAUGAUAUGAACGAUCCAGAUAGCAGUGACUUAAGGCAUCACCUGUACGAGCCUUUGCAAUCCCCGGGCAGCACACAAGAGCCUGAGGGAGCACCAUCUCUCAACGAAGAUCAACGGCUGGGCAAUAAUUCUCAGGAGCACAUGCAGAAAUACAACUCCCAUGUUCCUAAAUAUCAACAGACCUGGCAGGCCUUUGAGCAAGACGAAUUUUUUGGAGACAACUAUGACACUGAUCAGUAUAUUGAUGAUGAAGAGGGUACUGUGGGCUAUUACAAUGCUGGCCACUACUCCUGGGUCCCCGACACUGACAACGAAAUCGCUAAUCCAUAUCUUGGUUCUGGAAAUGACUACGAGCCUGAAGCUGAAGGCUGUCCAUAUUUUUCUUCAAGUUUCGCUCCUCCACCAGUUCUUGAAAAUGAGGCAGGCAUUCUCGAAGAUUGUUUUGAGGAUGAACCGCAGAGAACUGACAUCACAUCCAGCCAAGAUUCUGGGUCCGAAAACCUUGAACAACUUGGGGGAUAUGAUCAAGUGUUUGUGGACGAACUCGGAGAUCAAUACGUUUACGAGGAAUCACACAUGCUUGGUAACGAUGGGCAGUACACAGUAGACAACGGUGCACUUUCGAGUGAUCUGACGCCGUGGGAAUGGGAUGGGGGACAAAGAGAUGACGUCGACGUCGAUUCCUGGAAUCAGACACAGAUCAGCUUAUGGGCCGUACGUACGUGAAAAAUGUCUCGUUUCUUCAAGAUGUGAAGGCAGAUACAAGUAUGAAUUUGAAGUGAUUUCCCAAGGAACCACG